GUUCUCCGUCGCCGCCUGGUGGCGAGCGCCCGGGACCCGCAGGCGCUCGGGUGAGGCAGGAGGGAAGGCGCGGGGAACAAAGGUCCCUGCAGUGGAGGGGCGCCGCGUCUACCUCCGGAUGCUUUUGCCACGACUCCGUCUUGGCACCGGUCUUGCUGCCCUGGAAUGCAGUUUCCCAAACGCGGCGCUCACUCUGACUCCUCUCUGCUUUUAUCCGUCAGGUCUCAGGUCUUGCGGGUGGGAGUCGGCUGAAGGAGCUGCGUUAUAUGGUUGUGACACCACCGCCCCCCCCCCCCGGCCCCCAUUUUCAGGUCAUAACUUUCAUGCCUUUGGAAACGAGGGACCCAGAAGAGCCCUUACUGUAGGAGGAUUGUCGCCGUCAGACCUCUAAGGUCCAAAGAACCAAGGGGAGACAGAAUCCAGAUUGCUCCCUUAAAUCACAAGUAGUAUUGUUUUUUCCACCCUAGAGUCCGCCCCCCCGCCCCCACUUGUCUCAUAUAUUGAUCGGCCACUUUGCCACCGCGUUCCAAGGUUGGAGAGCGUCACAAUGCCCCACCGUCCCCAACUCUCAAGUGGCCGACAGUGGGCAGUCCAGAAGCUGGGACCAGACUUAUCUGCCCGAGGGCACAGUAGGAGGGACGGAGGGAUCUCCCAUGAGCUCCGAGGGCGAGGUGAGAACCAAUUGUGGGGAGGGGACCUUAUAACGGGGCAGUUAGGAACGGGCAGAGGUGCCCCCACCUCCAGCUUUCAACUCAGGCGAGGAAACUUCGAGACCUUCCCGUCCACACCUGAUUGACAGAAGGAAGCUGUCGCGGCCCAGAAGGCGAUUGUGGGUGUGCAGAGGUGGAGACAAAACCUAAAAGCAAGCAGAGCCGGCGAGGGCUUGCCGUCCUGGACGGUAGGGGUCUGCUUCUGGUGCCACCUACUCCAUCAGGCUGCUUGCUGGGUCCACCAAGCCUGACCCCUCCAGCCAGGAGGGGAUCACGGAGUGCGUCCCCCGCCCGGGCUGCUGUCUGCCGGAAGGGGGCUGGGAAGCCGGGAUCCCCGCGCGCCACUUCCCCGGCAGCGUCAGUUUCACCCAGGACUGGCUCGCGGUUCCCUCGUGGCUCUGCGCUGAGGUCCGCCUCCUCCCUUCCCUCCCCCAUCCCGCGCGCUGCCUCCGCCUCCUUCUUCUGCCUCCACCCUCAACCCCCAUCCCCGCCUGACGGGAGCUAGCCCUCAGUCCGCCCGAGCUCUGGUUGUGGGCGCCAGACAAGUCCAAGGCGCCUCCUCCCAAUAUGGACAGCCGCUACACCAGCACUGCGGGCAUCGGGGACUUGAACCAGCUGAGCGCUGCCAUCCCAGCCACGCGGGUGGAGGUGUCCGUGUCCUGCAGAAAUCUUCUUGACAGAGACACAUUUUCUAAAUCUGAUCCAAUUUGUGUCUUAUAUGUACAAGGAGUUGGAAAUAAAGAAUGGAGAGAGUUUGGAAGAACUGAAGUAAUUGAUAAUACUUUAAAUCCUGAUUUUGUAAGAAAGUUUAUUCUGGACUACUUUUUUGAAGAAAGAGAGAAUCUUCGUUUUGACUUGUAUGAUGUUGAUUCAAAGAGCCCCAACUUAUCCAAACAUGACUUUCUGGGACAAGUGUUUUGUACAUUGGGAGAGAUUGUUGGUUCACAGGGAAGUCGUCUGGAAAAACCAAUAGUAGGAAUUCCAGGGAAGAAAUGUGGUAUAAUCAUACUUACAGCAGAGGAAUUAAACUGUUGCAGGGAUGCUGUUUUGAUGCAAUUUUGUGCAAACAAAUUGGACAAGAAGGACUUCUUUGGAAAAUCAGAUCCUUUCCUUGUAUUUUAUCGAAGUAAUGAAGAUGGCAGUUUUACAAUUUGUCACAAGACAGAAGUUGUCAAAAACACUCUAAAUCCAGUAUGGCAAGCAUUUAAGAUCUCAGUCAGAGCAUUAUGUAAUGGAGACUAUGACAGAACAAUCAAAGUAGAGGUGUAUGACUGGGAUCGAGAUGGAAGUCAUGAUUUCAUUGGAGAAUUUACAACAAGCUAUAGGGAACUUUCUAGAGGGCAGUCACAAUUCAACGUAUAUGAGGUGGUGAAUCCCAAAAAGAAAGGAAAAAAGAAAAAAUAUACUAAUUCUGGAACAGUAACUUUACUCUCUUUCUUGGUAGAAACAGAAGUUUCAUUCCUUGACUACAUUAAGGGAGGGACGCAAAUCAAUUUCACAGUGGCUAUUGAUUUUACAGCAUCAAACGGCAACCCUGCCCAGCCCACUUCCCUCCACUACAUGAAUCCUUACCAACUGAAUGCCUAUGGUAUGGCACUAAAAGCAGUGGGAGAAAUUGUUCAAGAUUAUGACAGUGAUAAAAUGUUUCCAGCUCUAGGAUUUGGUGCAAAACUGCCUCCAGAUGGAAGGAUAUCUCACGAAUUUGCUUUGAAUGGGAAUCCUCAAAACCCCUACUGUGAUGGCAUUGAGGGGGUCAUGGAGGCUUAUUACAGGAGUCUGAAAUCUGUACAACUGUAUGGGCCCACCAACUUUGCUCCUGUAAUUAAUCAUGUAGCAAGAUAUGCUUCUUCUGUAAAGGAUGGCUCCCAGUAUUUUGUGCUUCUGAUUGUUACAGAUGGUGUUAUCUCAGAUAUGGCCCAGACUAAGGAGUCCAUAGUUAAUGCCUCAAAACUUCCAAUGUCAAUAAUUAUAGUAGGUGUUGGACCAGCAGAAUUUGAUGCAAUGAUCGAAUUGGAUGGAGAUGAUGUAAGAGUCUCCUCUAGAGGAAAAUACGCUGAAAGAGACAUUGUGCAGUUUGUGCCAUUCAGGGAUUAUAUUGACAGAAGUGGAAACCACAUACUGAGCAUGGCUAGAUUGGCUAAAGACGUCCUAGCUGAGAUCCCUGAGCAGUUUCUCUCCUAUAUGAGAGCCCGAGGAAUCAAGCCAUCACCUGCGCCUCCCCCAUACACCCCACCUACACAUGUGUUGCAGACUCAAAUAUGACUGCGCUCUGAAAUGCUAAUGUCAACUACAAAUCAGAACUGCUGAGUUAAUGCUUUGUGCCUGGUGCUCUGUAAUGAACCAGGCAAUGAGAUACUUUUCUCAGUUUGGUUUCAGCAGUUAAUGUGCUUUCUUGGAUCCAAAAUUAAAUCUCUUCCUAAACCAAAACUGUAAAUAUGGUUGUUGCAUGAGCAACAGAAAAAAUUGUUUAAAUGCUUGAAGCAAAGUACGGAUGUCUUCUCUAAAUCUUUCUUUCUUUCUUUUUUUUUUUUUUUUUU